AAUAAAAUAUGGCGCCGUAUCCCAAAGACUAUUAAGUAAAUACAAAUUUUGAGAAAUGCAUUUGCCACUUUCCAGAAGUUGAAACAUGGCAUCAUCUAUGGAAGCUAGUUUCUUCCUAGUUUUUCUACUGACUUUCUGCUCUUCUAUAUACAGUAUUUUUUCCGCUACGACAACAGACUUAAUCACUACGAAUCAGUCCAUCAUAGAUGGAGAAACUAUUGUUUCAUCUGAUGGAACCUUUGAGCUGGGAUUCUUCAGCCCCAGUGGUUCCUCAAAUCGAUAUAUUGGGAUAUGGUACAAGCAAAUUCUUCGUUAUGUCCAAACAGUUGUAUGGGUCGCAAACAGAGAAAAACCACUCACCAAUACAUCUUCAGUCCAGCUGAAAGUAAACGCGCCAGGAAUACUUGCUCUUCUCAAUGAAAAGAAUGAAAGUAUAUGGUCCACUAACACCUCAAGAUCAGUCCAAAAUCCAGUUGCAGUUCUCCUAGAUUCUGGGAAUCUUGUUGUUAAAGAUGCAAAUGAUAACAAUCCAGAGGAUUUCCUCUGGCAGAGCUUCCAUUUUCCAACUGAUACACAUUUGCCAGAUAUGAAGCUUGGCAAGAAUUUUAAAACUGGCCAUGAGCUUUACCUUUCAGCAUGGAGGAAUGAUAAUGAUCCAGCUCCAGGAAAAUUCACUCGUAUCAUUGAUCCUACUGGAUAUCCACAGGAUCUCACCAAAAGUGGCACAAAUGUAUUAUACCGUAUAGGACCAUGGAAUGGUUUACGAUGGAGUGGAGCACCCAUACCACUACUAACACAAAGCAGACUUUAUACAUUUCAAUUUAUUUUUAAUAAGGAUGAGCUUUACUUCAUUUUUUCUCUCAUUAAUAACAGCUCGGUUUUAUCAAGAAUAGUCCUGAGUAGCAAUGGUGAUACACAACGCUUCAUGUGGGUGGAUCAGACAAAGAGAUGGAAUCUUCACUUCAAGUUACCUACAGACACUUGUGAUGCAUAUAGCUUGUGUGGUGUGUAUGGGAGCUGUGACAUAUAUAGUGAACCUAUUUGUGGAUGUUUGGAGAAGUUUGUACCUAAAUAUCCACAACAAUGGGAAAAGGGAGAUUGGACAGAAGGGUGUGUUCAGAGGACACCCUUAGAUUGCAACAAGGAACAUGUAUUUCUAAGAUAUUCUGGGAUCAAGUUGCCAGAUACUAAGCACUCUAAGUACAAUAAAACGAUGACACUAGAAGAGUGUAGGCAAGUAUGCUCCGGGAAUUGCUCCUGUACAGCUUAUUCAAGUCUAGAUAUAAGCAAUGGAGACAAAGGUUGCUUAUUAUGGUAUGGGGAAUUAAUUGACAUCAGAAAGCUGCCU